AAAAUCAUUCACAAAAAAAAACCAUCAUUAUUAAUGAAGUCACUCUCAGUUUUAUAUUCAAAGAAAUUAUUUCCUUCAAGGGCUCUAAUUUAUUUAAUAUUAAUAUUUACAUUAUUAAAUUGCAAUAGUGCUUAUCCUACUAAUUUAGAGUCCAGAGAUGAAAAGCUUAGUGAAGGAAAUGCUGCAUUUGGCAAAUUCAAAAAAGAUCACAGUGUCUUCGAAAUUUAUUCUAUGUAUAUUAUAAUUUUAAUCAUUUUACAAAUUGGAAGUUUAUCAACGCUUUAUGUUAUACUUCGCACCUUCAUAAGGUGGAAACGAGUCGAUUUUUCGUUAAACAUGACGCAUAAAUUGCCAUUUUAUAUGGCAUUAUCGGAUUUAAUCAUAUAUGUUGCCUUGACGGUAAAUUUGUAUUAUCCAUUAGCAAACAUGAAACCCUGGCCAGACCACUCGUGUAAAAUAGUUUCGCUUGUAUUCUUUUAUAGUUCUCUUAGCAAUAUGAUUCUAGUUGGGUGUUUAGCAGUUCUUAGCUAUUUCAGAGUAUGCAAGACAAUGUAUUAUGAAUUAGGAAUAAUGGAUUACAAGUUAUUUUUAUUACCCAUCGUUUUUCCUGCUUUAAUAAGUGUACCGGCAUGGUCACAUUUUGGAAGCGACCAAUAUUGGUGUUAUUCGAGUAGAACUUCAUCAUUCAUUCCUUUAACUUUACUUUAUGUUGAUAUUGCUACUUUAACAAUAUCAAUAUUUUGUUAUAUUGCUAUAUCAUAUGCAAUUAAUGUAGUAAGAUCAAGGAACGACAAUAAUAAUCAUGCUAAUAACGAAAAUAAUUUGUUUUUACCAGCAUAUAAAAAAAUUGUUGGAUAUUUAUUCAUUUACAUUUUACAAUGGACACCUGUCAUGGUAUAUGUUCUCAUUGAUACUCAACAACAAACUUCAAUGUGGGUAUAUGUAGUAUGUUUCAGUUCUCUAUCAAUAGGUGGAGUACUUAAUGCUGCUAGAUAUAUUUCUAAUGAGGGUUGGUGGUUAAAAAAAGAAAAUCCGGAAAUUGCUUCGAGUACAUUUAGAACAGAUCAGAUGGCUUCGAAUACUGUUACAACAAAAAGUGGUCAAACAGAAACAGUAUCAUCUCAAUGGAAUUUACCGGAAGAUGAAACCAACAUAUCGUCAUCAUUGGUUGAAAAAAGUAACAAAUCAUCUAUGGAAACUGGCACAGCGAAUUAAUUAAAAAUUCUU